AUGGUGACACCAGCUGUGAUCAACACGAACGAUCCACUUCUUUUGGUAGCUAAUCCAUCUCCCAGACCGGAAACGCUCUAUAAAGGACAGCACCUUUCAUCGGCUGUACCACUCCUUGAAGGGCGGAUCGCCCUGAAACCAAGACUCAUAUUGAUUCCUCCGAUAUCGAUUUAUCUCAUGCCGAAAGCUACUGGAAAGCUCCGCUACUCGCUCUCAAGCCUCUUCUGUCCUCUCCCGGAUAACCGUCACGGCCAUACAACGUCGCGGUGCAAGUAUCCGGAUGCUGUGGCAAAGAGCGUGCAAGUUGCGGGAUUGGGCCUCUGUCUGGAGCCAAACACAACGACCACGACUACGCGGCGUGCAAGUGCGGCGUGUGGGCGACCACACAAUGUACUACUGUGCGCCAACCAAAGACAAGGCGGCGGCGGCGGCUCAAAAGGCGACGACAAUGAUGACAACCACAAUGGGCAGCGUACAAGAUGUCGGGAUCGAGAAUGA